CCUUUUCUUACUGACACGCCCCCAACUCGGAAACUCUGGGUUUAAAGAAAACUUCGAGUUUCUUUAAACUUCGUGUGUUUGACGCACUAGCGAAUUCAACUUCAUAUUCUUUCGGGAACAGGUAGGAGGAAAAGAUAAAAGAUUAAUUCAGACCACCGGGACCUACUUUUAGAUUUGACUUUAUUAAGUGAAGAUCCGACGACAGAAAAUAAAUACAUUUGUGAUGUAUUGCGCUUCUGAACAAAAUGGCCACGGAGAGCGAAAGUGAAAGUAUCAUUUUAAAUUAAAAAUUCGUGUCAGUAUUUCAGUUAGUCGUAUUCAGACGUUAACGUAUUAGUAUUUUGUCAUUUGGAAAAAGACUUUUAGCAGUUUAUUAUUCUUUUAUUUCUACAAUGUAUUAUAUUUUGUCCAGUGGUUGUCUCGACGUCAAGGCCAUGGAUCCUAAUAAGAGUGUACGCUUGAGAUAACUGCUGAAUGAAGCUAUGGACACACAGGAUUCAGAAGAAGAUGUGGGGACGAUGAAGUGUGAACGAUUAAGACCAGAUAAAGAAACAUCUCCAUCACCUUCAGUCACAACUCUACAAAGUGACCAGUCACUGGAUCUACAAGUACUGUUCAAAGAUGGAUCUCAGAGUUUUCUGGGGAUUAAAAGGUCUCGACAAGGUCAGUCAACAUCUCCAGCACCUUCAGUCACAUCUCUACAAAGUGACCAGUCACUGGAUCGACCGAUACUUUUUAAAGAUGGAGCACAGAGUAAAAAGAGGCGUAAAAGUCAAAGGUUAAGACCAGAUAAAGGAACGUCUCCAGCCCCUUCAUGCACAUCUCUACAAAGUAAUGAAUCAAUGGAUCGACCGAUACUGUUCAAAGAUAGAACCCAAAGCAAAGAGAGGCUGAGACCAGAUAAAGGAACGUCUCCAGCCCCUUCAUGCACAUCUUUACAAAGUAACGAGUCAAUGGAUCGACCGAUAUUGUUCAAAGAUGGAACUCAGAGCAAGGAGAGGUUGAGACCAGAUAAAGGAACGUCUCCAGCCCCUUCAUGCACAUCUCUGCAAAGUAACGAGUCAAUGGAUCGACCGAUACUGUUCAAAGAUAGAACUCAAAGCAAGAAGAGGUUAAGACCAGAUAAAGGAACGUCUCCAGCCCCUUCAUGCACAUCUUUACAAAGUAACGAGUCAAUGGAUCGACCGAUAUUGUUCAAAGAUAGAACUCAAAGCAAGAAGAGGUUGAGACCAGAUAAAGGAACAUCUCCAGCUCCUUCAUGCACAUCUCUGCAAAGUAACGAGUCAAUGGAUCGACCGAUAUUGUUCAAAGAUGGAACUCAGAGCAUUGAAAGGUUGAGACCAGAUAAAGGAACGUCUCCAGCUCCUUCAUGCACAUCUCUACAAAGUAACGAGUCGAUGGAUCGACCGAUAUUGUUCAAAGAUGGAACUCAGAGCAAGGAGAGGUUGAGACCAGAUAAAGGAACAUCUCCAGCUCCUUCAUGCACAUCUCUGCAAAGUAACGAGUCAAUGGAUCGACCGAUACUGUUCAAAGAUGGAACUCAGAGCAGUGAAAGUAUUCCUGAGAAGAAUGCAGAGGAACCAUUUGAUAGACACAUUUCAUUCCGAAACGACACGCUAUCUCCAGAUAUCAGCACACUUUCAGUCACUCUGCUGACAGAGGAUCACUACAGAUGUUCCGUGUGCACAGAGGUCUUGAAGGAUCCAGUUUCCAUCCCCUGUGGACACAGUUAUUGCAAACACUGCAUUGAAAGCUACUGGAGCAAACCAACUUAUGGUGAAAGUUACGCCUGUCCUCAGUGCAGAAAGAGCUUCAGUAGUCCUCCUGUGUUGAAUGUAAAUGUUGCUUUGGCUAAAGUGAUUAAGGAACUCCUGCAAGCAGGAUUUAGUCCUGCUCUUCCUGCUCACUGUUACGCUGGACCUAAAGAUGUGCCCUGUGAUAUCUGCACUGAGAUGAAGCUCAAAGCUGUUAAAACCUGUUUGACCUGCACUGCAUCUUACUGUGAAACACAUAUCAGACAACACUACUCAGUACCAGCACUGCAGAGACACAAUCUGGUGGAGGCUAUUCAUUUACCAGACAAAGAAGAGAGAAAAUCACCAGAUGAAUUCGGAGAAUUGACUGCAAGAGUAACUGAACUGGAAGCGACCUCAAAACGUUUGUGUAAAAGAUUUGAAAUUCACUGUAACGAUUUUCCCUCAGAUGUGAUUGAGAUGGCUGCUCUAGGUCACCCUUUAAGCCUAGGAAUGUUGUAUGACAGCCAAAAAAAAUCCUUCUGUCAAGGUAUCUUUAUGUGGGAUGAAGAUACAUUAGCCCGUAUGAAAGUAUCAUUGCCUCGACCACAAACAUAUGUGAAAGUGUUAGAAAAUGACUCCCUUCAGGAAAGAUUCAGAGUACUUGAAAUGUCCCCAGUGUUACAAGGUGUCCAGACUGGACAAAUAAAAGUGAGUGGGGCUUCAGCUUUUCUAAACCACCCAGAACAGUCUCAACACCAGGAAAGAGCUACACUACACUACAGAACCACCACCAGACUGGACAUGCUCAGCCAAAGACUGUUACAGGAAGCAGUGCCCUCUGCAUUGGUUGGUCAAACCACAGCAACACAUGUGAUUAUUGCUGUGUUCUUUGGAGCUCAGGCAUUUUUUGUUUUUGAUGGUGACCGCUCAAACCAUGAGAAAAAUGCAGCAAUUGUUGAUGUUUUAAAAAUAAUGACUUCUACCUUUUGUCCAAACCAUAUCAUUUCAAACUUGAGUGCCACUGAAAAAGCUAAAAGCUCAUUGCUUGCUUGUAGUCUCUACAUUGAUGUGGGUGAUUGGAAGAGUCCAGUGUCUUUCGAUAAGGCAGUGGAGGUCUAUGGUUCUCUGCCAACGCUGCUCGGAUCUAAAGAUGAGCAAGCAGUUCCUCUGAAGGUCUGGCUGUACCCUCUGAAGAAACUGAACAAGAUCUCUAUGUGUGCAGCUCUGAGUGGAGUCAGUGAAAACUUGAUUCAAAGAGCUGAGAGCAUUAUGGAACAUCUGCGAAAACAGAUCAGGAUCUGUCAAGACAUUAUAAAAGAUUACAUUCAUGUAAAUGUGAUCAUGCAGUCUCAGACUCUAGAAGAUAAACUUGUAGGGUUUUUAGAGCUUCUGCAGGAAUACCAGACAACAUUUCAGAAAGGAAUCACAGAUAUUGUUCACAUUAAAGAAGGGAAAAGAGAGAAAAGUCUACAGGAUCUCCUAAAGAGGCAUAGCCAAUCACCAUUCAGUGCAGAGAAAACAGACCAGUGGCUGGAGAACAAAGAAACUGAACUGAAGAUUCUAAAUGACUUCAGAGCUGCAAACAUCACUGUUGUGAAAUCACAGGCAGAGUUACAGCAGAUCAUAAGUCAUUCUCAGAAAACCAGAGUAAUGUGUCUCACUCUUUACUCUCCAGAUGUAGAAGAUUACUUCCUCACUGCUCUAAGACAGUACAUUGAAUCUGAUCACGUUAUACAAAAUGAUUCACUCCAAUUUAGGCCUGUUAGCAUCAGUGAUAAGGAGAUUAUUAAAGUACAGAUGUUUAUUGCUGCAAAUGAAGAUGCGGAGCAAACCAAGUUCAUUGCUGCAUUGGUAACUAGUGAUGAUUUUCCAGAAUACUCUGUGCAGUUUUAUCGUGAUGGAAGGAUCGCAAGCAGAAAUGUGACGCUUGGAACAAAAUCUGGUCUUGUACAAAUAUCAAACAUAAAACACACCAGUGUGUCCCUAAAACUGAAUCAACCAGAACCCAAGAGGAUUGAGAGAUAUGUAGUGGAGUACAGGGCUUUGGGUGAUGAUGGAAGCAACAGCAACACUUGGAAACAGAUUGUUUUUGAUGCUAAAAUUAUCACAGAAACCUGUAUGAUAUCAGAUCUAAAGCCUGGCCAUCAAUAUCAGCUGAGGUAUAUAUUUGUUGAGCAGGACUGUAUGAAUUUUAGUAGGAUUGGGAACUUUACGACAGUGGUUGCAGCAACACCUGGGAAACCCUUAGUGAAUAAGCUGGACAGAGACACUCUUAAAGUCACCUGGUUGAGGGCUGAAACUGAUCAAGAUUUUCCAGUGCUGCGGUAUAACGUUGAGUAUAAAGAAGCAGGACUGGAAGGCUGGCCAUCAGUACAAACAGAAGGGCCUGAGUGUGAAUGUACUUUAACUGUACUUCACAGCACCUGCUACAGAGUCAGAGUCUCUGCUGUCUAUGAGGACAUCACCAGCCAACCAAGUGAGGAAACACCAGUACCAGUGGAUGUUUGGAACAUUAACCUCUCAAAGAGGAAGAGCUCCAUCCUCCUAGAAGUGCUGAAACUCCAAACAGAGAAGAAACCAGUAGAGCUGAUAGACUGGACAGAUGAAGAAAGUGAAGUGAAGGGAUAUCUCCAGUGUCUGCCCUACAUCUCACAGCUGAGAUUUGAUCGUUUUGUUUACUAUAAGAAGCAAAGCUCUUUCCAGUUACUUGUGAAUCUGGCUUUUGCAGCAUCAAAGUUUAAAACUGCUGAAGAAAAUUACACUGAGAUGUUCACAUCUGUGUGUAGCUACACAUCUUUCCCCUUCAGUGAAAACUACCCUAAACAUCAGUGUGAUUUCCUGCUGGAUCUGUACUCGCAUGUGAAGGAGUAUGGGAUUCAAACAGGCAGGAGUGUCCUUCCAGCAUUACAGCCAAUUUAUCAGUCAGCUCCUGCAGUCUGGAUCGUAAAGCUCUCAGAGAGAAAGAGCUCCAUCCUCCUAGAAGUGCUGAAACUCCAAACAGAGAAGAAACCAGUAGAGCUGAUAGACUGGACAGAUGAAGAAAGUGAAGUGAAGGGAUUCCUCCAGUGUCUGCCCUACAUCUCACAGCUGAGAUUUGAUCGUUUUGUUUACUAUAAGAAGCAAAGCUCUUUCCAGUUACUUGUGAAUCUGGCUUUUGCAGCAUCAAAGUUUAAAACUGCUGAAGAAAAUUACACUGAGAUGUUCACAUCUGUGUGUAGCUACACAUCUUUCCCCUUCAGUGAAAACUACCCUAAACAUCAGUGUGAUUUCCUGCUGGAUCUGUACUCGCAUGUGAAGGAGUAUGGGAUUCAAACAGGCAGGAGUGUCCUUCCAGCAUUACAGCCAAUUUAUCAGUCAGCUCCUGCAGUCUGGAUCGUAAAGCUCUCAGAGAGAAAGAGCUCCAUCCUCCUAGAAGUGCUGAAACUCCAAACAGAGAAGAAACCAGUAGAGCUGAUAGACUGGACAGAUGAAGAGAAUAUGCUGAGGGGUUUCUUCCAGUGUCUGCCCUACAUCUCACAGCUGAGAUUUCCUAAUCAACAGAAGGUGUCUUCCAGUGAGACAGAAAUUAAAAAAAGGUUACUGGCAUUGAAUCUGUCUUUUCAAGUGCCUUAUUUACCAAAAGAAAUUAUAGAAGCAUCUAUGGAGACAUUAUUCUCCUAUAUGUACUAUGGGAUUUGGGAUUUUCUGCUGGAUCUGUACUCACAUGUGAAGGACUAUGAGAUUCAGACAGGCAGGAGUGUCCUUCCAGCAUUUCACCCAGUUUAUCAGUCAGCUCCUGCAGUCUGGAGCAUAAAACUUUUAGAGAGAAAGAGCUCCAUCCUCCUAGAAGUGCUGAAACUCCAAACAGAGAAGAAACCAGUAGAGCUGAUAGACUGGACAGAUGAAGAGAGUGAAGUGAAGGGAUUCCUGCAGUGUCUGCCCUACAUCUCACAGCUGAGAUUCAAUGUGUGCUCGUUUAAUGACGAGAAGCAAAAGAGCGCUGUACAGUUUCUGGUGAAUCUGAGUGUUGCAGCAUCAGAGUGUGAUGAAGCUACAGGAGAGAGUUUCACUGCACUGUUAAUAUUUGUGUGCAGCUACAAAUCUUUCCCCUGUGAAAAUAAUGGUUGUAAUAACUGUGACCAUGGUUAUGUCGAGUGCCAGAUUAAGCACUGUGAUUUUUUGUUGGAUCUGUAUUCUCAAAUGAAGAACUAUAAAAUUCAAACAGGCAGGAGUGUCCUUCCAGUAUUACAGGUAAUUUAUCAGUCAGCUCCUGCAGUCUGGAGAAUAAAGCUCUCAGAGAGAAAGAGCUCCAUCCUCCUAGAAGUGCUGAAACUCCAAACAGAGAAGAAACCAGUAGAGCUGAUAGACUGGACAGAUGAAGAGAGUGAAGUGAAGGGAUUCCUGCAGUGUCUGCCCUACAUCUCACAGCUGAGAUUUAGAACCCACAUGAAGAGAGAACCUGCUGUAAAGUUUCUGCUAAAUCUGAUUGUUUCAGCAUCAGAGUUUAAAGAAAAUUGCACUGAACUAUUAACAUCUGUGUGCAGCUACACAUUUUUCCCCUAUAAUGAGGGUUAUUAUAGUCAAGCCCAGUGUGAUUUCCUGCUGGAUCUGUGUUCACAUGUGAAGGACUACGAGACUCAAACAGGCAGGAGUGUCCUUCCAGCAUUACAGCCAAUUUAUCAGUCAGCUCUUACAGUCUGGAUCAUAGAUCUCUCAGAGAGAAAGAGCUCCAUCCUCCUAGAAGUGCUGAAACUCCAAACAGAGAAGAAACCAGUAGAGCUGAUAGACUGGACAGAUGAAGAGAGUGAAGUGAAGGGAUUCCUCCAGUGUCUGCCCUACAUCUCACAGCUGAGGUUUGACAUUGAUAACUUCGAGAGAGAACCUGCUGUAAAGCUUCUACUGAAACUGAUUGUUUCAGCAUCAGAGUUUGAUGCAAUUAAAGGAGAAAAUUACACUGAACUAUUAACAUCCGUGUGCAGCUACACAUCUUUCCCUUUUAAUGAGGAUUAUUUCGAUGAUUCUGAAUAUCAGAUUGAUCAGUGUAAUUUCCUGCUGGAUCUGUGUUCACAUAUGAAGAACUAUGAGACUCGAACAGACAGGAGUGUCCUUCCAGCAUUACAGCCAAUUUAUCAGUCAGCUCCUGCAGUCUGGAUCAUAGAUCUCUCAGAGAGAAAGAGCUCCAUCCUCCUAGAAGUGCUGAAACUCCAAACAGAGAAGAAACCAGUAAAGCUGAUAGACUGGACAGAUGAAGAGAGUGAAGUGAAGGGAUUCCUCCAGUGUCUGCCCUACAUCUCACAACUAAGAAUUCAUGAAUCUGAUUUCAGUUAUGAAUCUGCUGCUCAGUUUCUACUGAAUCUGACUGUUGCAGCUUCAAAGUGUGUUACAACUACAGGAGAAAAUUUCAUUGAGCUGUUAACAUCUGUGUGCAGCUACAAAUCAUUUCUCUGUUAUGAUGAUGAUGACAUUUAUGAUGACUGUCAGAAUGAACACUGUGAUUUCCUGCUGGAUCUGUGUUCACAUGUGAAGGACUAUGAGACUCAAACAGGCAGUAGUGUUCUUCCAGCAUUACAGCCAAUUUAUCAGUCAGCUCCUGCAGUCUGGAGAAUAAAGCUCUCAGAGAGAAAGAGCUCCAUCCUCCUAGAAGUGCUGAAACUCCAAACAGAGAAGAAACCAGUAGAGCUGAUAGACUGGACAGAUGAAGAGAGUGAAGUGAAGGGAUUCCUCCAGUGUCUGCCCUACAUCUCACAGCUGAGGUUUGUCAUUGAUAACUUCGAGAGAGAACCUGCUGUAAAGUUUCUACUGAAACUGAUUGUUUCAGCUUCAGAGUUUGAUGCAAUUAAAGGAGAAAGUUACACUGAACUAUUAACAUCCGUGUGCAGCUACACAUUUUUCCCUAAUAUUGAGUGCAAUUAUUAUAAUAAAAACCAUCAGAUUAAUCAGUCUGAUUUUCUGCUGGAUCUGUACUCACAUGUGAAGGACUAUGACAGUCAAACAGGCAGGAGUGUUCUUCCAGCAUUACAGCCAAUUUAUCAGUCAGCUCCUGCAGUCUGGAGAAUAAAGCUCUCAGAGAGAAAGAGCUCCAUCCUCCUAGAAGUGCUGAAACUCCAAACAGAGAAGAAACCAGUAGUGCUGAUAGACUGGACAGAUGAUGAGAGUGAAGUGAAGGGAUUCCUCCAGUGUCUGCCCUACAUCUCACAGCUGAGAUUUAAUCUCUAUGCUCUAUCUCACUUUGAGAGGAAAAGUUCUGUCCAGUUUCUGGCAAAUCUGGUUAUUUCAGCUUUAGAGUUUGAUAAAGAUACUAGUGAAAAUUACACUGAACUCCUCACAUCAGUGUGCAGCUACACAUCUUUCCCCUGCAGUGAAAACUACACUAACCAUCAGUGUAAUUUCCUGCUGGAUCUGUACUCACAUGUGAAGGACUACGAGACUCAAACAGGCAGGAGUGUCCUUCCAGCAUUACAGCCAAUUUAUCAGUCAGCUCCUGCAGUCUGGAGCAUAAAUCUCUCAGAGAGAAAGAGCUCCAUCCUCCUAGAAGUGCUGAAACUCCAAACAGAGAAGAAACCAGUAGAGCUGAUAGACUGGACAGAUGAAGAGAGUGAAGUGAAGGGAUUCCUCCAGUGUCUGCCCUACAUCUCACAGCUGAGAUUUGAUUCCUUGGUUUUCAAAAAGAAGAAAAGAUCUGUCCAGUUUCUGGGGAAUCUGAUUAUUUCAGCAUCAGAGUUUCAUAAAACUACUGGUGAAAAUUACACUGAGCUCUUUACAUCUAUGUGCAGCUACACAUCUUUCCCUUGCAGUGAAAACAACACCAACUAUCACACUGAUCAAUGUGAUUUCCUGCUGGAUCUGUACUCACAUGUGAAGGACUAUGAGAGUCAAACAGGCAGGAGUGUUCUUCCAGCAUUACAGCCAAUUUAUCAGUCAGCUCCUGCAGUCUGGAGAAUAAAGCUCUCAGAGAGAAAGAGCUCCAUCCUCCUAGAAGUGCUGAAACUCCAAACAGAGAAGAAACCAGUAGUGCUGAUAGACUGGACAGAUGAUGAGAGUGAAGUGAAGGGAUUCCUCCAGUGUCUGCCCUACAUCUCACAGCUGAGAUUUAAUCUCUAUGCUCUAUCUCACUUUGAGAGGAAAAGUUCUGUCCAGUUUCUGGCAAAUCUGGUUAUUUCAGCUUUAGAGUUUGAUAAAGAUACUAGUGAAAAUUACACUGAACUCCUCACAUCAGUGUGCAGCUACACAUCUUUCCCCUGCAGUGAAAACUACACUAACCAUCAGUGUAAUUUCCUGCUGGAUCUGUACUCACAUGUGAAGGACUACGAGACUCAAACAGGCAGGAGUGUCCUUCCAGCAUUACAGCCAAUUUAUCAGUCAGCUCCUGCAGUCUGGAGCAUAAAUCUCUCAGAGAGAAAGAGCUCCAUCCUCCUAGAAGUGCUGAAACUCCAAACAGAGAAGAAACCAGUAGAGCUGAUAGACUGGACAGAUGAAGAGAGUGAAGUGAAGGGAUUCCUCCAGUGUCUGCCCUACAUCUCACAGCUGAGAUUUGAUUCCUUGGUUUUCAAAAAGAAGAAAAGAUCUGUCCAGUUUCUGAGGAAUCUGAUUAUUUCAGCAUCAGAGUUUGAUAAAACUACUGGUGAAAAUAACACUGAGCUCUUUACAUCUAUGUGCAGCUACACAUCUUUCCCUUGCAGUGAAAACAACACCAACUGUCACACUGAUCAAUGUGAUUUCCUGCUGGAUCUGUACUCACAUGUGAAGGACUAUGAGAGUCAAACAGGCAGGAGUGUCCUUCCAGCAUUACAGCCAAUUUAUCAGUCAGCUCCUGCAGUCUGGAUCAUUAAGCUCUCAGAGAGAAAGAGCUCCAUCCUCCUAGAAGUGCUGAAACUCCAAACAGAGAAGAAACCAGUAGAGCUGAUAGACUGGACAGAUGAAGAGAGUAAAGUGAAGGGGUUCCUGCAGUGUCUGCCCUACAUCUCACAGCUGAGGCCCUCUAAAGAGGCUCUUCAGCAGCUGGUUUCAGUGGUGUAUGAUGCACAGGAUGAUGAACUGACAGACUGCUUUCUGAAGGUGUCUGAGGAUCUGACUUCCUGCUCACUGACCUGGGAUGUGAUUCAUUACCUGCUGCAACAUCAGGCUCUAAAUUUGAAGGUGGACUUUAGGAAGAGCAAAAUCUCUUGUGAAAACAUCAGAAAACUUCUGCCUCUGUUAGACAGAAUCCAGCUGAAAAGGCUGAGCCCCAGCUUCACUCUGUCCAUCAUUUUGGAAAUUUACGAGACUCGUUUUCCUCAGUAUGUGUCCAGUCUGAUGAGUUCAGCAGGAAAUGACAUUAACCUGAAUGGCAGAGUGUUGGACUAUGUUCACUGCGCUGCCCUGCGCUUCAUUUUAGAGCACUGCGACACUGUCAAACUCAAUCUGCUCUGGACUUCCAUAGCAGAAGGGGAGCUAGAGAGCUUUCUCCCUUUACUCAGCAAAGUCAAACAACUCAGUGUUGACAGGUUGCUGUUGCUGAAGCUGCUUCAUUGUUGCAGUUCCUCUGAUCUCCAGCAGGAGGCAGCAGAUGUUCUUCUCUCAGCUCUUCAAAACAGACUGGACUUCUCCUGCUGCUCUGCUCUGGAUUUAACAGAUACACAGGAAAAUCAAGAACAUUUUCAAACUAACUGAAAAAGACUGUAGGAUAAUCUCAUCUGUGCUUCAGAAAACUCAAAGUAUUGUGAAGUUGAUCUUAAAGGACUGUGAGCUCUCUGAUGAGGCCCUGAAUAAACUUUGGCCAAUCUUGCCUCAAGUCCGGCUGAGUUGUAGUAAAGCUCUGCUGCUGCAGUUUCUGGCUUGUGUUAGUACAGAUGGAUCUCAAAGAGGCUCUUUGAAGAGUGCUGAGGCUCUUUCACAGGCUUUAGGAGGAGAGAUGGACCUCAGUCACACUCAGAUGGACCAGAGAGCUUGUGAACAGCUGACACUGUUUCUGGAAUAUUCUGAAGGUCUCACAGAACUGGAUCUCAGUCACUGCAAACUCACUGAUCACUGCAUGGAGCCGCUGCUGCCACAUCUGCACAAAACACAGACUCUGGACCUGAGUCACAAUAAUAUCACAGACGAAUCAGCAAAGAGAAUCCACAGUGUCGUCUGCAAUCACAGCAAUAUUCAGACUGUACGACUCUUCAGAAACAAAAUCAGUGAUAGAAAACAGUUUAUCGGAGACAAGCGAUUUGAAAUAUGGUGAAGACCCUGGACUGCAACCUCACUGGAUUCUUGAUGAAAAACUGACAAUCAAUUUGCAAAGCACUAAACACUCCUCUUUAAUAGUUUAUUUUCAUAAUAAAUUUGAAAUGAAUAACUUUA